AUGCUCCACAUCCCCAACGCCCGCGCCAGGACCACCACCUCCCGCCACAUAAUCCGCUGCCAACAGGAUCGCCGCGAUGAGGUCCCGUGUCUCUGGAGCCCUAUCUAGAUCCGCCAGACUUGCGGCACGCGAGCCACCUAGGCCACCACUCGGCUAGUACAGGAGGGAAGGGCCAGAAAGGGAGGAGGUAUCCAAGGCGUGUGGAGGACUGGAUGUGGGACUUUAUUCCGUGCUGGUGGGCGAGAAUGGGGAUGCAGUAUCGGCCGGACGUGGAAAGGGGGUCAUUUUGUUCGAGUUUGCAACUACUGUGGCGAAUGGCUCAGCGAAGGGGAAGUGCGGAAAGAAGCGGCUUGAGAUUCAGGGUCUCUCAGCGGACAUGACGGACUAUAGCAAGAAUCUGUACUUUGAUCUAAAUCUUGCGUCGAACGUUGUUGUGCCCUGCAGGAUUAGCCAGGCUUUGGCGCUCAAUCAGAAGGGGAAAUACAUUGGGAAGGAAAAUACUCUGCGCCCAAGCUGGUCUGGAGGUUAUGAAAAAAAUUAUCACGGAGGCAGCCAGGGCGGUAGGGGUUGAUGAGGACAUGCGAGCAGGUAAGGAAUUUGCUGCAAGUUUUCCUCACCCUCAUGUAUACAGGCUUGGUGAUUCGCUAUCACAUUGCGAGCCACCCCCCAAAAUUGAGCGGUGGGACCGAGGCCUCACAACUGCCUCCUCAUACGAGGCGAUAACCCUAGAAUCCCUCCUAAUCUCCGCAGCUGACGGGAUAGUAACUCAAUACGUCCAACACUCGGUCCUCCUUGCGCCAUGGGACCAACUCGCACCGCCGAUGGAACCAUUCCGCUUAACCAAAAAAGAUCAAAAGAAAGUCCGCCGCCGCCAACGUCAGCGCCUAAGACCUAAAAGCAAAGCAAGUGAAAUUCCCACUCGGCCAGGUACCCCACCACCGCCAAACCUCAAGGAAUCAAAUCUGAUACGAGUCUUCGGCGAAGAAGCUGUGAAUGAUCCUGCGGCAGUGGAACCGCCCGUGAGCCUCAAAAUACUGGCUACGAACUAGGAGAAUGACCUGGCCCGCGGCAUCGAUGUCCUUGCCCUCCGCAUCGAGACAUUAGCGAAUAGGAGAUAUAGGCACGAGAUCAACAUCAACUCGGAGCAAUUAGCUUUGAUGGGGAUCUUCAUCCUCAACCCGAAAUUCAACGUCGUUAUUGUACAGGGUGGAAUCCACUUCAUCACAAAGUUCCGCAAACCGAUGGUGAACAGGAUUAACUGGAAGGAGAAUCACCGCUAGAGAAGGGAGUCAAGGUGUUGAGUGCGGUGCGGGCGCCGAGCAAGAAGAGCCGAUCGUUGACAUGGCGAAGCGUUUGUGCGUGUUAGUCUUGGGGGGCAGAAGUGGUUUGAGAGGUUUAUCACUGAGCGAGUGCUCAGUGACGCGUUGGUUGGGGAUCGGUUGGAGAGGGCUAGGAUGGAGUACUCGUAUAUGUGGACUCAGGCUAAGAAUACUGUUGCGAAGGAGGGUUAG